UACUCGUUUAAUCACCACAACUCGACGUAUAAAAAUUCUCAAGUAUAAAUCGAUGAAGUAAAUUAUUUACGAACAAUUAGAAAUUUCUGCGAGCUAUUGAUUUUGUUACCAUGACGUGUACGUUUCAAUACUCAUUGAUAUUUAUUUUAUUAAUGUAAUUAAUAAAAUAAUAUAAAUUAAUUGACGUUUAUAUUAAAUUUAUUACGCGGCACAACACCAACCACGACGGAAUAUUUUCGGAAAAUUAAUAAUAAUUUAAAUGAAAAUCUGCAUAAAGCAAAGUUUAUUAUCUCCCGCGUCCUCCUCCCUCCUGCUUUAUGCGUUUUGUCACGUAUUAUAUAACUCUGGUAAAAUUGGAGAAGCAGCAAUGAGUGACAAAUAUCUCGACAAUUACCUGUCAGUGGUCGCGAUUGACGUCGCCGUCGAGGAGAAGACGCGAAUCGCCAAAAUGGCUGUUGCGACAUUGCACAAGCUGCAUAACGUGAUGGGGCAGAUGAGAGAUUGGCGGGAGGAUAGCGCGAAACUGAAGAGUAAUAUCUGGCGGAUGAAAAUGGCUCUGCGUGCGGAUGACAAGAAUGGGAAUGAUAACCAGCAGAUCGACCCUUUGAUCGUGCAUCAGAGGGCGGAGAUUAGCCGGCUGGAGCAGGCAAACGACGCUUUGGAGAACGAAGUAACGAGUCUGAAGAGCGCUCUGACGAAAGCAGAGGAGGACGUCGCGCGCAUCACCGUCUGCGAAAUCGGCGACAAGAUCGCCACGCUCGAGAGCGAAUUCUCGAGUGAGCGAGAACGCAUGAGCGAUGAGAUUUCGCGCCUGAAGAAGCGGCUGAGUGAGACCGAGGGGGACGAGACGAGCGUGAUCGCGCUGAAGCGGCUCAGGGACGAGCUGAACGAAUUCGCGCGGGGCGAUCGGACGAUAGAAAUAAUCUUCGCGAACGCGAUCGGCAAGACCGUCGAGAUGAUUAUCGGCCUGUCGGAGGAGCUUGUGAACGUUAGCGAGAAUCUGUACAGAUUCAAGACGAGAAACAGGAGCUUGCGCCUCAAGCUGGACAGAUUGCGGGCCAUGCUGCGAUCGAGGUGCGGCAGUAGCGCGGAAUAUCGGAAGAGAAUCGGCGAAUUGAACAAUCUCGCCGAGCAAUUGAGGGGGGAGAUGGGCAGGCUGAAAGUUAUUCGCGAGAAUGCGAGCCACAGCGGAAGUUCGGACGCCACGGGAAUCCCGGACGUCGUUAGACGCGUCGAUCGUUUGAUGAACGACUUGAGGAACAAUUUAAAGAGCGAUCGCGAGGCAAUGAUCGCCGCCGGCGAUCCCGACUGUUUGAAAUACAUGAAGAAGGUGGUUAAUUUGAAGGUAAAUCUGAAAGUGCUGUCCGUGGAGCUUAGACAAUCGAACGUGCCGCUGGACAAACGGUUACGCGAGGGUGUCCAGCACGAGAAGUGCUUGGAGACGGCUUCGUCGUUGAACGAUUUCUUGCGGGAGAUCGAUAACGAGAUCGGAAAAUUGAAGAUAAAACCGAUGGACGAGCAUUGCAAAAUCGGCGGCGUUAGCGGCAAGCGAUACAUGACGAAGGUCGCGGAGCUCGAGGACAUCGUCGGGAAGUCAAUCGCGGUGAUCGCCGUCUUGAAGCGGGCUCCGCCGGAGAUUGUGAAUACCGACGAGAGAAUAACGAAGACCCUGGAGGACGUGAUCGAGCGGCUGUGCUGCAAAAUGAAGGAGCUCGAGGUUUUCGACGAUCGCGGGAAUUUACGCGAGAGAAUCGAACAGCUCGAGGCUUCGAUCGUGUAUCUAAAGUCGGAAUUAUUGGAGAGGAACGAGCGCGUGAACGCGCUGAACGACGAGCGUGCAGGCGUCAGAUUAACGCUGGAGAGAGAUCGCGAGAGGUACGAGGGGAUUAUCGCCGACGUACGCCAGGUGAACGAGGCUCUUCGGGGCGAGAUAAGAAGGGGGAAACAAGAAAUAUCGGAGCUGUCGCUUGGGCGCGAUCAUUCCGAGCGGCGUGUCGCGGAGAUGCGACUGCAGAUGAAGGUUGAAAUUGACGCGGCGAGGAAAGAGUUGCAGGAGCUUCGCGAUGACAAAGGGACGUUAUUACGGGAGGUGGAACGGUUGUGCAACGUUCUCGGGGAGAGGGACGGGGAAAUCGGGAGUAUUACUAGCCAGGGGGACGCGCUGAGGGCCGAGAUGGAGGAGCUGAGGACGAAACUUGGGCUCGCUUCCGAUGAAAAUGUAAAGCUGCGAAGUAUAAUUGAGGGACUUGGGGAACGGGAGGAGGCGCGCGAGCGACCGGGCAAAUUGAAAAGUUCGGCGGAGAACGAGAGCGGCGGGGACGGGCGGGACAAUGGCGUACUGGACCGUGCGCGAAACCUCAGGGAUGAAUCGGAGCACUUGAAAGCCAAGUCAAAUGAGCCUGAAAUAAGUUCCGACAAGGCGGAGCGAGUCGACUGUUUGAAGUCGCGCGCGCCGGACGUCGGUGACGGGGUGGCCGGGCGGGUGGACGAAAUCUCUGAUUUGGUGCCUGAUGACGAGCGGUCGUUGACGUAUCGAUCGAACGUUCGGACGUGCGCCGGCGAGGAAACAUCGCGGGGAGAACAAUUCGACGCGGUGACGGCGGAGGAGUACAGAGCAGCGUCGGAGGGGAAUCAAGUCGAGCAGCUUCGGAACGAGAAAGAACAACUCGAGAAGGAGUUGUUGGAGUUGAGGUCCGAGAAGGGAUUCCUGGCCAGGUCGACGGCCGACGCCAAUAACAAGUGCGCCGCGCUGCAGGAUCAAGUUAACAAAUUUAAGUCCGAGCGUGACGGCCUUCGGGAGGGGAUAAGCGAGCGCGCGGCCGCCGCCGCGGAGAGUUUGAAAUUGGAGCUCGCGAGGGCGCGGGCGGAGCUCGAGGACGCGGCCGUUGACGCGGCGCGCCUGCGAGCGGAGUACACGAGGGCCGUCGGCGAUCUGGACGCGCUGUCUCUACGGAACACCGAGGCCGAGGACCGUGUACGAGUGCUGUUGACGGAAAAGAACGAGCUCGCGACGCGUAUUAACGAGCUCAAUGAUGAGAACGUCGCUCUGCGAGAGCAGUUGAAUAAGGCGAGAGAGGAGAAUGAAUAUUUUUCCAUGGAAUUGAAUAAAUCAAGGGUCGAAAAUGACAAAGCGAAAGUGGAAAAUGCUCUUCUGCAGGCGACCUGCGACGCGAGGGGGAGGGAACUCGCCGAGCUGACGCGGGAGCGGGACGACGCGAGGGGGAGAAUAAAUGAAAUCGGUAACGAGUGCCGGGCGCUCGGUAAUCAACUGCGGAUCCAGCGAAUGAAGUAUGAGGCGCUGCGGCUCGCCGCGGCCGAGUUACGCGACGAGAAUAACGAUCGUGAAGAUCACUCGAAGGAGAUCGAUACGCGGCGCUCGCCCGCGCGGGUGCGGGACCCGCGCGAGCGGGGAUUCGCGGCCGGCGCUCGUGCUGCAGGCGAGAUUAAACGGAAGCGGGAUUGCACCGCGGAUACCGCGCGCACGGGCGCAAAGGCCCGCGAAAUUGGCGAGCGGAGGGACGGCGGGGCAGAAGUCAAAGUAGAAUCUGAUACACGCGUCGGCCGUGAUAACAAAGCGGGGCUCAAAGACGAGCCAAAGGGCGAGCCGAAGAGACCGAGGAGCGGGAAUAAGGCUUUGAAAUUGGAGCGGGCGAAUACGAGGUCCGAAAACUCCGGGCUCACUCCGACGGGAUUGGUGCAGGGCAGAUCCGAAAGUCCGGCGACACGCGGGGCGAGAGUACCGAACGGCGCCGAGGCGAUCGUCGGUUCUUUCCUGAAGAAAUUCGAGAUCGCGAGUAACCGGCUGCACGAGGAAGGAAUAAGCAAUUAUUCUGAGUACUCCGACGAUCCGGAUACGUCCGUGGGUAACGGGAGAACCGCGGCGCUCGAUAUCGAUCGGCGCCGCGAGAUCGAGAACCAAGCGCGACGGAUGAAAGAGAAUAUUCCGCGUAGCGGUCGCGACUCCCGCCCGGCGGACGGCGAGGAGACGGAGGCCGACUUCGGCGGAGCGAUGGCGGAGAUUCAGGCUUUGAAACACGAACUGAUGAAUCUGAGGGACGAGAAGACGGCCUUGAGGUCGCAUCUCGAGAUAUUUAAGGAAGAAUUAAACGUAUUGAAAUCGGAGAGGGUCGCUUUGAAGGACGAGCUCGCCGUUUCGAGGAAGUCGAACAACGAUCUCAGGCUCAAAGUGAACGACCUGCGUGGCGCUAACGAAAAAUUGAAGGAGACAAAUGCGGGAUUAGGGGCUCGUUCGCGGGACGCGUCGAGAGAGACGAAUGAGUGCACGACGGUGUUGGACGAAAGAUUAAACGACAAUUUUGAGCAUGCAUUAAGUGAUUAUCUAAAGAGGUGUAGUUUUGCGGAAAGAAAUUCGCGAGUUAACAGGCGGAAUCGGUUCGACCGCGUCUCCCCCAAAAAUCCUGGACUGCAAUCCGUCGAGGAGAAUCUGCGACAUAUAGAGGGACAAAAAUCCCGAGAUUUAUGA